ACUGGGGCUAGCAAAGGCUAUGCAUUUAUAGAGUUUGCGUCCGAUGACGUGGCUAAGAUUGUUGCAGACACAAUGAACAACUACCUGUUUUCCGAAAGACUGCUGAAGUGUCAGGUCAUACCUCCUGAAAGGGUCCAUGAAAAUCUCUUCAAAAACAGUAACAAGAUAUUUCUGAAGCCUUCUCAGCCAGCGGUCAGGCGAUACAACAAGGUGCGUUCACUCAUUCAGAAGGCGAAGAUGACAAAGAGACUGCUGCGGAAGGAGAAACUUUUACGGAAGAGGCUGGCUGAAAAGGGGCUCGAUUAUGACUUCCCAGGAUUUGCUGCACAGAAGCUUUCCAUAAGGAGAAAAAGAGUUAAAACAUCCAAGAAAUCAAAACUGAACAUUUCUGUGAGCAGCCAGGAUCCUACUCCUGUCUGUACUCCAGCAGUGCUUGAGCGCCGGAAAGCUUCCCAGGCGGAUGAUGAUGCCGAGGACAAUGAAAUAACUUUCAUACUGCCCCCUGCCAGUGUUAAGAAUGCUGUGCAGAGACCAAAGAAGCAGCCAAGAAAAAGACCAAACCUGAAAAAACAGAAAUAG